AUGGAUUAAUAGGAUUACUAAAUUGAAAUUGAAACUAAUAUAGAAAUCUCUCCAAACAUUCUUAAUAAUUAUAAAAUAUUUAAAAGAAUCACAAGCUUUUUAUGUUUAAAAGAUAUAUUAACUUUUGGAGCCACUUGCCGUAUUUUAAAUGAAUUAGUCGAAGUUUCAUAUUAUAUCUAUAUAGAAAGAAACAUAAUUAAUUCUUUGCAGAGAAUUACUAUAAAUAAUUUCUAAAAGAUUAACUUGAAAUGACACUUGAUAUUUAUUAUCCUGAUAUUAUUUAAAGAGACCAAAUUCGUUAAACAAACUUUGAAAAUUAAUCUUUUGAUUGGAGACUUCAAAAUAAAAAAAUGAUGCAUAAUAAGUAAUUUAAGUUAAUAUUUUAUGAUAGAAAAACAAUAAAAAUUCCAUUUUUGCUUUGUUAAUCAAUUUUUCCAAAACCUAUUUUAAGAAGAGAAACCAUAGGUUUAUAUUGUGAAUCAGAAUUCUAAAUCAUGCUUGCUUAACGUCUAUAACUAGAAUAAAAGGGUUUCGAUAAAUGGUUUGAAUUUUAAUUAUUAUCAGAUGAGGUAUUUAAAAAUAUGAUUUAAAUUUUAGUUAAUGAACUUAUUAAAAUAGAAUAAACAAUAGAUAAUAAAUUAAGAGUACGAAAAAUUAGUCAAUAAUGAAUUACUUAAAUCAAAAUUUUUAAAAUUAAGGUGGAAUUUGUAAAACGAAUCUUCUGAAUUAUCUUAAUCUCCUCUAUUUAAAGUAGAAUCCUAAAUUAUUGAAAUGGAGCAACAAUAAGACUAAGAUUAAAAUGAUUAAAUAUGCAUAAUUGAACUCUUAGAAUAAUUGUAUAGUUCUGUUGAAUGUUAUUUAUAAGGAUUAUAUAUGUACUUUUCUACAUUUAUUACUCAAAAUUCUACUAAUAGUAUUGAUUUAUUAAGUGAAUAUACUAUGUAUUGGGAAGCUUACAGCAAUUCAAUAGUUGAGUUGAAUGGGACAAUAUAUCCAUUAGAAAAUAUUGUAAAUGAAUUACAUCAAAAACUUUUUCCUAAUUACCCUCAAUAUCCUAAAUUCUCAUUUUGGAGGAUUAUGUGUUAAUUGUGGAUCAAACAAGUAAUAUUACAUUUAACUUAAGAUAAUUAGAAAUGAAUAAUUUUAAUAACUUCUUUUGGAGUGUUUUAUAAGGAUUAUGCAAACAGAAAGAUAAGCGAAUUUUUUAAAAGAAUUUGACUAAGGUGUCAACUAAAAUUAAAAUUUUGCUCCGUCAUUUGAAAUUACAUAUGAAAUUUAUGAUAAUUUCUUACUUAAAUAAAAAAAUAGCAUAAAAGAUUAAUUUUAAAUUGAAUCUACUCAUAAAUUUUAUACUGAGGUAUUAGAUUUGCUUAGAAAUUUUAAUAAAUCUAUAUAAGAUAUAUCAAUCAAUGAAGUAUUCAUAUAAUUUAAAAAAGGUAUCUGUUCAUUGGAUUGGACAUCAGGAUUUUUGUUAUGAAGAAUUUUAUGAGUAAUUAAGUGAAAGAAUUUAAUAGGAAACAAGUUUAUACUAUGAUGAAACUAAAUAAAUAUUUGGAUCUAAUGUAGGUUCUUAUAUAGAAUUCAUGAAGUUUGAUAAAAAGUAUAAUUAAAUUUACAUUUUAGAUUUUUAUCUCAAUUUUUAUCUGAGCCUUUAAUAUUUAAAAUAGAAUACUUAUAACAUGAACACAUUUACACAUAUUUAUAUUAUUAUUUAGAGCAUACUUAUCUUUAAAAAUUUAUUUACAAUCAUAAGGAUUAAAUUGCUUCAGUGUAUAAAACAUAUAAACCUUUAAGUCCAAAAUAAGAAAGAACAUCUAUUGCAUCAUCAUAUAAUAAUGAAUAUUUAGAUACUUAAGGUGAUUCAACAUUGAAUGAUGCAUAAAAGUUUUUUAAUUUUGUUUUAGAAAAUACUAAUUUUGAUUUAGAAGAACUUUUGAUUAAUAAAAAAAAUUAAAUUUAAUAAGAACCAUUAUUAGAGGUGAUAAGAGUAGCUUUAUCAUAAAAGAACCUUGAAUAAAUUAUAGAAAAUUAUCAAGAUGACCAAUUUUAAUCUCAAGAUCUUUUUGAAUUCAAUUAGCUGGCUAAAAAUAAUAGAGCAUACUCAAGUAAUAAAUGUAAAUAUAUAUUAUAUAAUUUUAGUAAAUUCAGAAUAGACUGAAAUUCCAGAAGAAAUUAUUAAAUUAGCAAAAUAAUAUUUAUUAAAUGAUUUUGAAUUUACUAAACUUUAUUAAGUUUUCCUUGAUUAUACCAAGGGUUUUGAUAGAAGCUAAAUUUAAGUUAUUUAAAAAAAUAGAGAAAUUGAAAUUUUAAAUAAUGAUAGAGAAAUUCCUAGAGUAAGAUUACUUUAUAAUCAAAUUAGGUUCUUUAAGAUUACCUCUAAUAUUUUUAUUUUCUAUCGAAAAACUUAACAAAAUCAAUCUUAGAAGAUAAUAAAAUAUAAGAUAAUGAAGAUUUAGAUGAUUUUGAAAUGCCUCCUAGCCUCUCCUCCGAAAAUUCAUCAAAAUAUUAAAGUAUUCCGAUUUUUUAAUUUAGAAAACUCUGUAAAUAUGGAGGUUUAUUAUUCAGAAGAAGAUAAUGAGAAUUAAGGAUGAAUUUCAAUAACAAAUUUAAAACUAGAAUGAAUUCAAUUAUUAAAUUUUUACCCAA